AGAGCUCUUUGCUUUUAACCAUCAUGAGAUGUUUCUUGUGUGACACCUUGGUAAUGAAAAGCCUUUUUAUAGACCAUCAAUUUACUAACCCAGCUGAUAUUAAUUUGCACAGAUAGGAGGUAUAAUUACUUACAGAUGUCAGUUGGUUCCUUGUCUUACCUUGCCUUGGAGAACUGCUUUUUCUUAGCGUGUUCUAUACUUUUUUCCUGUGUCAUUCCACUUUAUUACACAUAACUUUAUUUAUGAACUUUAAUGUUGUGAAUUCUUUAUUUUUGCACAUUUAAUUGCAAUAUUAGUUCUUAGCAGGCAGUGAUCAAUUCAAAUGUGUUAUUCAAAUGUGCUAUUACAUUAUAUUUUGAAGCAAAUGGCAUGUGAAUUGUGUGUUAAUGCUUUUCAGUUUUACACAAGUAUGGCUUAAAUCUUGAUUUGUUUCAGAUUUAAGUGAUAUCAUUUUAAACAAUGAUCAUCAACUAAGUACAAAUUUGUGUUAGUGUUUUAUUUACCACUUGAUUUCUACAUAAGUGAAACUUAAAAAAUAAUUAUAAUAAUUAAUUUGUAACUACAACCAUGAUAAAUUGCUUGCUUUGGUUAAUUGCAGUAGUUAUCCCAAAGUAGUAAAUAUAAAAGAUCAGUGAGGCCAUUAGCUUAACAUAGACAUUCGGGAAAAAAAUAAGUUUGUAAACAAAAUCACUUACUCACAAUGGAGCCUUUUACUUAACAGUUGUCUGACCUGAGACCUGACAGCAAGUGAUUAAGGAGCAUCAAAUACAAAUCAAAUAGUGCAUUCUUUGAUCCAGUGUGCGCUUACUAGCUGCCUGUCUGGUCUUUAAGUUGUACCACCAGCUGACUGCUGAGAACAAGAGGUUCAAUCAUAAACUAUGGCAUCAAUAGUGAAAAAAAGGCUCCGUUUUGUCACCUGGAACACACGUGGCAUUAAAAGCCCACCACAAAAGUUUUCAGAUUUGUUGAGCAGCCUCAUUUCCCUAAAGGCUCAUAUUGCCUUCAUACAAGAGACACAUGUUGGGCCAACAUGUUACCAAAUCUUGGAGAAUGUUGAAAACUGGAAUGUCUACUUCACUGUACACAGCCCUCGCAGUAAAGGAGUGGCAAUACUGAUCAGCUAUGAUGUACCAUUUGAGUACAUUUGCCAUGAUGAGGAUUGCAGUGGAGGUUACAUUGUGCUCUUCUGUCGUCUGUAUGGUGAACUGUACACUCUUGUUAAUGUGUACAAUCAUAAGGCAGACAAAAAUGUCUUGGCUAGAUUGAAAGACUAUCUGAGGGAAACAGCUGAGGGUGUGCUAGUGGUUGGAGGUGAUUUCAACACUGUUUUGGAUCCCAGCUUUGAUCGGUUAUCUUCAGCUCUUCUCACAAAGCAGUCUUCACUAAGAGCUAUUUUAGAAGACUUUACUAUUUCUUUGAAUCUCAGAGACACCUGGUCAUACCUUCACUUUGCUGAUGGAGGCUUUACACGACGUCAGAAUGAGAGUCACUCCAGGUUGGACAUGUUUUUCAUGUGCAGCGAUGCAAUGGUACGGGUGUGUAGUAGCAAAAUACAGAGCAAUGAAAUUUCAGAUCACAAGCCUCUUGUCCUAGAGCUCAAAGUGCAGCAACAGACUGGAAAUAUAAUUCCAAAGGUAGCCUUGUUUUUGAAGGAAACUAGAGUUGAUGAAGAACCUGACAGAAGAUCAGGGAAGAUUAAUGGGGCAGAAAUACUGAGUUCCAUCAAGUCUUUGAUUGACUCUAAACAAAGACCUGAUACAAUGGAUGUGGAUUACUAUAAAAAGUUUUGUUGUCAGUUGACUGAGACCUUAAAGGGAAAGUAUAACAUAAUGUUAAAGAAUAAGCAGGUACCUGAAGCUUAUUAUUCAGGAGACAUUUUCAAUGUUGAAUGUUUGAUAUUUUCAGAAAUAUUGGCCAAGCGCCUUAGUGUGCUCAUUACUCCUUCUCUGAAGAGAGAGAAGAAAGCAAAGUUUGAUAUUCUUCUUACCAUGACCUUCGAGCCAGGCCCACAGGAAAUCAGGUGGUCCUUCCUGGAACAAACCCUCAGGAGACUAAAACAGAUACAAUCUGUCCCUCCAUUAGACUUCAGCAUUCUGGACUGCCUUCUUCCUAAAGUCCAAAACUUUUCAGGAGAACUCAGAUGUCUGCGUCCUGGCAUUCCCCUCACCAACGCUAUCCUCAAUCUAGCUCUGACACAGCUAGAAGAUCUGAUUCUCAGGAGUGAGACCGAGUGCAGGACCAGUGUUUCCUUUCACAGACAGGCACUGCUCAUACAUGCAGACCAGAGCAAACGGGGGAAAGUUGUUAGGGUACUAGAGAAAUUCCAGGACGACUCAGGAAUUAGGCUUACAGAAUGCCACAUAAUAGAUUGAAAAGAUUAAAGCACAUAAAUGUGUGUGACAAGUGUAGAAAACUAGACACAAUCAGAAGGAAAGGGUGAUCAGGAGCUGGAACUUAUUAAAUGCUGUACACAUUAUUAUUAUUAUUAUUAUUAUUAUUAUUAUUAUUAUUAUUAGUAGUAGUAGUAGUAGUAGUAAUAGUAAUGUUAUUAUUAUUUUAUUAUAUUACCACAGUUUAAUUUUACACUAUACUUAACUAUCAUGCAGAUUAUAAACGACUUUAUUGUUGUACAGAUUUAGAGACUGGGAUGCAAGCACGAAUGUUUUUGUUUAAUACUGGGCGUAAAGAACAGCUUGCUAAUACUUGUGGGGAUGGUUGUCAAGUUUUCAAAACUAUACAGAAAGACGUGAAACUCAUACCAAAAUGAGAAACAGUUAACAGUGGUCCACGUUUAUGAUUUUCAGUAUCUAUCUUCAAAACACAAUAUAUGCGGAACGUGGCAACAAUGUUCAUGGAACUUUAGAAAAGAGCUACUUCUCUUUCUUUACUAGUGGGAUGUUGAUUUGAGUUGAAUGCCUGAACUCCAAAAUAUAAUUAUAUUUCUAUCAUAUUUCUAUACUACUAAUAAUAAUUAAUUAAUUAAUUAAUUAAUUAAUUAAUUAAUUAAUUAAUUGUACUGUUGCUCCAUAUACUGUAGCUCACACACCAUGCAAAGUGCACAGAGAUGCAACAGAUUUAA